AUGUCACAACCUGCGUUUGCGGGGGAACAAGCAGUAGAUUCAUAUUUACCAAACAACUUAUCACUACCGUCACACGUCCCACUUAAACGUGAUUUACGUCAAAUUUUUCAAAAUACCUUUUCUACCAGUGCAAACGAUCAAAUUAAACCUGCCCUUAAGCAUCACCGAGAUAUCACAAACAAAUACAUUAAUCACAUUUUGGCCAGAGAAGAUUUGGAAUUUGAUGAGACCACACUAGUCAAUUUUGCAUGCGGGUAUAGGAACCUCUUUCAAUCGUCUUAUCAACAGGAACACUUUUCCAAGCUUGUUCAAGUUUCCGAGAUAUCUUCCUUAGCUGAUCCCAAUGACGAGCCGUUGACAUUGAGUACUAUGGAUUUUUUCCACACCAAGCCAAAUUUGAGUUUUGUAGAUGUGAUAAAAAAGCAUAAUGGAAAUGUUGAUAAGCGUGAGAUGGAACGACUUUUGAAAAAGGACGAGUUUUAUCUGUUCUUGAAGAAUAUAAUUUUUGUGUCUAAGCAUCCCAGUGAACAAGUACCCGACGACGAAGGAGAUAAUGAAGAUGAUGAGUUGAACAUUGCAGGAGGGAAAAUAUCGUUGAAGGACCCUAUAACUUUAAACCUUUUUGUCAAGCCCAAGUUGUCUAAAAUAUGCGGACAUACAUUUGAAGAGCUGAGUAUUCUAGCACAUCUUCAGAACGGGAAAAACGAGUGUCCUAUUGACGGAUGUAAGGCCGUUUUGACGCCGAAUUCGUUUAAGGACGAUAUAUUGAUGUUAAUUAGGGUAAGAGCUGCGAAGAAGAUGGAGCGAAUUACUGAUAAAAAUUUGGAUUUAGUCGAGUAA